AUGGCGCCAAGUGACCCUUCCUUCGACGAAAUCAUCUCCAAGAUCCAGGCUGCGACCGACAUCACCGCGGUCACGAAGACCCUCGCUCCUUACCUCAACAACCUCAACGACCCUGUCUUCGCCGCCCAAUCCAAUGGCCAAGCUGACCCCCUCGACGCUCUCGACCCAGCAACCCAUUCCUUUGCCUACCUCUACUUUUUGGUGCACCGGUGCAAGGCUUCGCAUGGAUUCGACCACGCGUUACUCGCAAAAGUUUGGGCGUUUGUGACAACUUGCGAUGGCGAGCAGGUCCGCUUGGCGUCUCACAAGGCAAUGAGCUUUGCUGAGGCACUGGUGAAGGUGGCGACCGAGACACGCCAGCCCAUCAUCGCCAUCAAGCCACUCGCCGUCUUCAUCCAGAGACUUCAGGCUUCGCCAGGACAACUUACAAUGAUCCACCCUCUCCUGGCCAAGACAUGCUUGUUGGCUCAAUCCGUCAAGGACAUUCUUCCCAUUCUCGACAACGACAUUUCCGACGUGAAGCCACAGCAAACACACAUCAACUACAAGGACUUUUUGCUGUACCAUUACUAUGGAGGAAUGAUCUACGCCUUCUUGAAGAAGUUUGAGCGUGCGGUCGAGUUUUUCAAGCUGGCUGUCUCUGCGCCAGCUGAGGUGGCCAGUGCUAUCCAGAUCGAGGCUCACAAGAAGUACGUUCUGUCGAGCUUGCUUCAAUACGGAAGAGUGUUGCCAUUGCCCAAGUACAUUGCUUCCGCUGUCCAAAGGACCAUCAAGGUGCAGUGUGUAGCAUACGCAGAUUUCGCUACUGCUUACGAGAAAAAGUCGAAUAGUGCCAUCAAGACCGAGUUGGAGAAGGCCAAGCCUACUUUCGUCCGGGACAAGAACUUUGGUCUGGCCAAGCAGUGCAUGGAGGCCCUGCAUCGCCGCAACAUUCAGGACCUCACUCGCACAUAUCUGACACUCUCGAUUGAGAACAUUACGUCCCUGAUCGGUCUCGGAUCUGAACCAGAUGGUGCACGUCGUGUUGAAGGCUUUAUCGUUCGCAUGAUCGAGUCGGGCGCCAUCUUUGCAACUAUCAGCCAUGAACACGCAGGAGGAAUGGUUUCGUUCCUAGACGACCCCAACCAGCACAAUAACACCAUUACCAUGGACAUGAUCAACACCCAAAUCCAGAAGGCAACUGCCAUUACAGCCAAGCUCAGUGCCAUGGACCAAGCUAUCUCAUCCAUGCCUGCUUUCUUCAACAAGCAGGGAUCUCAUGGACCUGAACAGUCUGGCUACCCCAUGGACGAGUCGGACUACAGCAUGCACAUGGGAUACGACAACUAUGUCGAUGAAGAAAGCUUCCUCUAG